AUGGCUCCAAAUUUGAGAAGGUUGGAAAAGGGAGAGCGUUUCUGUCGCGAUUCCUUGAGGAAUUUGGCCCAGCUGGUAGACAGUUAUAGAGAGGAUAGAGAUAGGGUCAUGCUUGAGGGUAGGAAGGAGCGCCUCGAGGAGAUUUUUGAUGAGUAUAAGGAUACUAGAUUGCAGUUGGAGGUUUCGGAUGACUUUCAAACCAGCCUCAGGCAGAAGUUGGAAGCAGAAGCAUUAAAGCAAUCCCAGGACGGAGUGGAUAUUGAGACUAAAUCAGUCGAACAAGCGAAUAGAGAAGCACGAGUUUCCUUUGAGUCUACAUACUUGAGGCUGAAGGGUUUCAUUUUGUCUAAAACUCGCUGUAAUGCUGAUCCUGGUCCGCAAGUUGCACCGCCACAGCAGACUCGAGUUAAAUUGCCGGAGAUCAAACUGCCGAAUUUCGAUGGCACUAUUAGGGAAUGGCCAGCAUUCCGGGAUUCUUUUCAGUCGUUAAUUGCUUCAAAUCCGCAGCUUAGCGACGUCGACAAAUUUUCCUGCCUUCUUUCGUCGCACUCGAAGGAGGCGAAGCGCAUGGUCGAGGUGAUCGAGGUAACCUCCGACAAUUAUGUGGUUGCAUGGGAACUUCUCGAAAAGCGUUAUGAGAAUAAAUAUCUGAUCGUCAAAUCUUACGUCGAAGCGCUUUUUACUGCCGAUCCUGUUAAGAGGGAGUGUCACGAGGCUUUAAACCGCUUGAUCGACACCUUUGAGCGGAAUUUGAAAUUGCUGGAAAAGGCGGGAGAGCAGCCAGCAAACUGGAGUACGUUGUUGGUGUUUAUGCUCUGCUCUCGUCUAGACCCCGCAACCCUGCGUCUUUGGGAGACGCACAGAAAGUCUACGUUGGUCCCGAAAUACACUGAUCUCAUCGACUUCUUACGCAACCACAGUCUCGUCUUGCAAUCCAUCGACGCUUCCAAAGGUCGACCGUCGGAUUCCUCUCGCUCCUCCACCCAGCGUUCCUCUCAACAAGCACCCAAGUUGAAUGUAGUGCAUUCAGCCGUCACAGCACAAAAAUCCUGCCCCUUCUGCAAACAAGAAGCUCACUCUCCCUACCAAUGCGAAAUUUUUCGAAAGAUGACUCCUACACAGCGGUUCGAAGCCACGAAGAAAAACGCGCUUUGCAUCAACUGCCUGUCCGCUUCGCAUCUCGUCAAAGCCUGUUCGAGUGGUACCUGCCGAGUCUGCCAACAAAGGCACCAUACAAUGCUACAUCAAAGACCCGUCGUACCGACGAGCCAACCAGUCCAAUCAACCGCCAAGUCAGCGGAGUCGCUACCAUCGUCUUCGUCGCUUCGUCCACAGUCUGUUGUUCCGAACAAGCAGUCACUGCAGUCGGAAAAUCAGCCCCAAGCCACCGCGGUCCCUGCCCCUCAAACUAGCCACUUUUCGAUGCCCUUCGCCGAAGCCCAACCCGCCGUUCCUGCUACUGUUCUUCUAUCGACGGCUCUGGUGAAGGUGUUCACCUCAUCUGGCUCCUUUUUGUGGGCCCGCGCUUUACUAGACUCCGGAUCGCAGCUCAACUUCGUCUCGGAAAACCUCGCUCAAAGGCUGAAACUUCGCCGAACCAAGGAAUUCGUUCCAAUCAGCGGGGUUGGACUAUCGUCAACUUCUUCCAAACACACCACCACCAUCCGCAUUCAGUCACACUGUGCUGAUUUCGAAGAUAGUUGGAAAUUCCACGUGCUUUCCAAGCUGACAUUGGAGAUGCCCAACCAAUCUGUCCACGUUUCCCGAGUCAGUUGGCCGGCCGACGUGGUACUUGCCGACCCAACCUUCGACCGACCAGGUUCAAUCGACUUGAUUCUCGGCGUGGACAUUUUCUACGACCUUCUACGGGACGGUCAGUUCAAGAGCGGAAGCGGAGAGCCAGUUUUGCAGAACACUGCCCUAGGAUGGGUGGUUUCCGGGAAGGUCUCCGCCAAGGUUCCUGUUAUGGCGGUCUCGAACGUUGCUCACAUCACGUCGCAUCCAUCGAUUGAGGAUCAGCUAGCACGGUUCUGGGAAGUUGAAUCGUGCCACAUCCAGAGCACACACUCCGUCGAAGAAGCGGAAUGCGAGGAGUUUUUCGCAAGAACGACAGAACAGGAAGCUUCGGGUCGUUUUAUCGUCGCUCUUCCAACGAAGCCAUCGGUGAUCUCCAGGCUCGGGAACUCCAAAGACAUUGCGGAUCGUCGCUUCUACUCCCUGGAGCGUAGGCUUAAUGCCAGUCCCACUCUCAAGCAAGCCUUCUCAGCGUUCAUAGACGAGUACGUGCAGCUAGGGCAUAUGAAGUUGAUAGAGGACUCUCAGCCGGAACCCAAGCCGUCCUACUACUUACCGCAUCACUGUAUCGUCAGGCCGGAUAGCAUCACGACCAAACUGCGUGUGGUGUUCGAUGCGUCUUGUUCCACCGACAGUGGCGUCUCGCUGAACGACGCGCUUCUCGUUGGUCCCGUCAUCCAAGAUGAUUUGUUGACUAUCGUCCUCAGAUUCCGAAUGCCUCGGUUUGCCGUCAUCGCCGACAUCGAAAAGAUGUACCGACAAAUCCGAGUACGAGAGGCUGACCAACCGCUGCAACGAAUCCGAUGGAGAGAUUCGUCGACCCAGCCACUCCAAACUUUCCAACUCUCUACGGUCACGUACGGAACUUCGUCAGCUCCGUACCUCGCAACCAAAUGCCUUCAGAAGCUGUCUGAAAAUGCAUCGGAAAGUCAUCCCGCUGCGGCAGCUGUUAUCUGCAAGGAUUUUUACAUGGAUGACAUGCUCACCGGGACUGACACCAUCGAAGAAGGUCAAGAGCUCUGUCAGGACCUGAUCGAAGUGACGAACUCCGUUGGAUUGCCGCUCCGCAAAUGGGCUUCGAACAGUUCGGCUGUCCUCGAAGCCGUUCCACCGCAUCUGAGAGAUGAGCGUACUCUUUUCGAGCUCGACUCUGCGGCCUCUCCCAUAAAGGCCCUGGGACUUCAGUGGAACACUGCCUCCGAUGAAUUGCAGUUCAACGUUCCCAACUACAACACCGAACUUCCGAUCACCAAACAGACGGUGCUCUCGGAUAUCGCACGAUUGUUUGACCCACUCGGCCUUGCUGGCCCAGUGCUGGUCCAAGCCAAGCUGUUUUUGCAAGAUCUCUGGAAAGACGGCUGUGAUUGGAAGGAGAUACUAUGUGAACGUCGCCAACGUCAAUGGUUGGAACUGCGAGACAGUUUUCGCCAUCUAUCCGACCUCAAGAUUCCUCGCUGGGUCGUCGGGACCGUCGGAGCCAUAGGACUGGAGCUGCACGGUUUUUCCGAUGCAUCGGAAAGAGCCUACGGAGCCUGCAUCUACAUCCGAGCAGUGUCGUCCACCGGCGAUAUCCACGUCAACUUACUCACCGCCAAAUCCAAGAUCGCCCCGAAGGGAAAGGGCAAAAAGGACGGAGUUGUCAGUCUACCACGCCUCGAGCUGUGUGGGGCCCUCCUGUUAAGCCAUUUGUUUGAGAAAGUCGAGACCAGUUUGAACCUGAAGGCCACAAAUUUCUUCUGGACGGAUUCGGAAAUCACGCUCUUUCAAAUAGCCGCUAGUCCCUCACGAUGGAAAACGUUCGUAGCCAAUCGGUGCUCGGAAAUCCAGCGUCUUACGGCCAAUGGUAUUUGGUCCCACUGCUGA